AUGGACGAUCUCAAACCCAAGCAAUCAAUGGAUGAACAAGUCGGCGACACUACAUUGUCCUCAGAUCUCAAAGAUUCAGAAGGCUACAUCGCCCAGGCUGACACGGAACACCAUGGCAACCUCAAGCUCGCCAAGGAUGGGCAUACCGUUCUGAUUCCGCAACCUUCUGACGAUACACGAGACCCUCUCAACUGGAGUCCUGUCAAGAAACAUGUCAUUCUCUUCAUCGUUAGUUUCGCAGCUUUUCUUCCAGACUAUGGCAGUGCUGUUGGCGCUGUUACGCUCAUCCCGCAGGCAGCGCAAUGGAACAUGAGCCAGGACACAGUUAACCACUCCCAAGUUGGUAAUGUUUUCAUGCUCGGCGCAGGCGGUAUCUUCGUUGUGGCCCUGUCUGCAUGGGCAGGCCGGCUCCCCGUUUUAUUCUACUUCCUUGUAAUCGCUACAGCCACGGCCGCUUGGUGCGCUGCUGCUACGACCUUUGAGUCUUUCAUGGCUGCUCGUAUUCUGAAUGGCUUCUUCAGCACUGUCGCGCAAGGUGGAGGAUUGAUGUUCAUCUUUGACAUGUUCUUCUUCCACGAGCGUGCUCGCAAGAUUAAUAUCUGGGCUGCCUUCAUUAUCCUCUCUCCGUAUAUGGGUCCAUUGUUGACUGCCUUCAUUAUUACGACUAAGUCGUGGCCCAUUGCAUUCUGGGUCUAUUUUACUGAAACUUCGCUUGCGCUUAUCCUCACAAUCCUGUUUGUCGAGGAGACCUAUUACGACCGUCGCAUCACUGCCGCCAAUCAGCCACCCAGAGGAUCACGCAUCGGCAACCUAUUAGGCUAUGCCCAGUAUCAAUCUCGCCACCUCCGUAACAGCUUCGGUCAAGCCUGCAUGCGCCCCGUCCGCGUCAUCAUCAAGCCAACCGUCUUUCUGUCUUGCCUCUACUAUCUACUGACCUUUGCCUUUGGUCCUAAGCAGAUCGGUUUUUUCUAUUUCACCCCUGUUGUUGCCGCUAUUCUGGGUGAGGUAAUCGGCCACUGGCUACACGAUGGCAUUGCCACGCAGUUCAUCAAGACGCACAACGGUCACUUUGAACCCGAAAUCAGACUGCGUGCAAUUUGGUUCAGCACGCCGUUCAUGCUCGCCGGUUUAGUGGGACUGGGCUUCGCUCUUGAGGAGGGCUAUCAUUAUAUGAUUACAGCAUUGUUCUGGGGCUUAUAUGUCUUUGGUAUCAUGGUGACUACAGUUGCUCUGAAUGCAUAUAAUCUCGACAGCUAUCCCGAAGCAUCAGGGGAGGUAUCUGCAUGGAUCAACUUUGCGCGAACACAGAAUGCCAGCGACGCAAGGUCAAAAAGACGCGCUGUUCCCUCCUCGAGUCUCUCCAUCUCUGCAUCUGAAGAGACUGCACUGCUCAAGGAGCAGCUUCAACGAUUGCAACAAGGUCUGGAUACCUUGAUGAUGCAGCAAUCACUUAGCUUCGACUUUCUCAGUUCGCACAACACUCCACCACUGCCGGACCAUAUGGGUAUCUCGGCACCCUCACCAGAUGAACCGCCUCUCGAAUUCAACCAUUCCAUCGAGGCACUUGAACCACAGAGGGCAACAGACAAUCUUGAGGAAGUAUCACCGGACUCUUGUCAAGAUGGCCCUCAACCUGCUGAGCUUACCUAUGCCGAGACUGACACGUUUGUCCCCGGAAACAAAUGGCUGAGCCGAUUCGCUGUUGCUUCGCAAAUCUGUGAUCUACGCUCCAGUGUCGGCGCAGAUCCUGUUCUCCCAAACACAACUCCCUCAAAGAGCUGUACCGUUGUGCUUCCUUGCCCCAAGGACCUGACUCAGGCGAUAAAGAUAGGCCUAGCUGGCAUCGACUGCUUCUUUCCUUCCAUCAAUGGGACGAGGCUGGUAGAAGCAAUUUCACGGACACUGGAGGCGCUGUGCUACUCUUCUACCACCCUGUCUGUUGUUGUGACCGAGCCGCAUCACUUAGUCGUAUCAAUUCUUCUCGUCAUCGUUGCAGCUGGACAGAACCUCGACGACAAAACUUGUCCUGAUCUGUAUCUGGACAAGGCAUGGCCUGGCUCAGAAGCUUAUUGGCAGAGUAGGAAGCUCGCACAGCACUUUGAAGGACGCAGCGAGCUGCAGGCAAACUUUGUCGUCUAUCACACCUUCGCCGCGGCCUAUCUCUUGUCAGCAGAGAGGUUACGUCUUGCCUCGACCCAUGUACUUAACGGACUUCAUUCCGCUGUCAGUCUGGGAUUAGGCCAAAGCCACGGAUUUCCUACAUCCUCAGAGGACUUUGUAGAUCCCCUGGCAUUAUGGGUUACUCUCGACUUCCUGGACAAGCGCAUCACUCAGAAGUGCGGCAUUCCGUACUUUGUUGGAAACAGUCUUGGACAUGUGGAUUUUGAGCGCGAAACUAGCCCUCACAUCGACAUGAAGAGCAGGGUGUAUUUGAAGACCAUGUUCAGCCAUGCUAGACUCUGGGCGUCCGUGUGGGACGGAUUCUUAGCUCCCAACGCCCCAAUGGCGGGUGACUGGGUUGAAAUCCAAGCAUUUGAUGCCAAGCUUCUGGCUCUUAGGGAGCAAUGCCCCUACACGUUAUCGUGGAACGAAGAGUCAGUGAACAACACCAUUUUCAAAUCUCCUUCCGAACCAGAAGAUCGACGCCGUCUUCUUGUUUUCCUAAGAUACCAAUCUCUCAGAGUGAGCAUCCGCCAAAAGACGCUUUGUUCUCCAGAGACGAAUGCCCGAAGGGCAGAAUCUUGCUUAACAAUCUCCAUCGAGUCUUUGGAUGCAAUCGGCCAAUACCUGGACACCUGGGGCGCAAACCCGAAUGCCGGUUAUAUACUAACUUCUUCUCUGGUCGAGUCCAUAUACUACCUAACCCUCGGACACCGUGAAGGCGUUUCUAUGCUUGGCGCUGAGGCACUUCCGCAAGCGCUCCGUCGAGCUGGCAGCAUGCUAGAGUCUCUGUCUGCAACAAUCAUGUCGGCAGCCAGAGCCUUCAAAGCCUUGCGAUGCGUGUUGGACUUUGACUUUCAUAAGGCAAGUCCAGAUUACAACCUCUUAUUCCCACUUGAGGGUUUUCCUGAGUCCAAUAUGAACUUUGAAAUGCCGGAUGAUCAAGUCGAGUAUCUCUCAAGUACAGAAACAUUUGAUUUUUCGAAGAGCUUCGACGCGAUAAAUCCAAACCCGAUUGGACGAUCUAGUCUUGAGGUUAACUCAUUAUUAGCUGAGAUGUUUAAUGAGAUUGAGGCUAGAUAG